AUGUUAGCGAUGGAAGUUAUUAAAAAAACGGAAACUUUCCAUUCCAUAGUUACUGAAAUGGCAUCGAACGGAAAUAAUAAAAGGAAGAAAUUGUCUUCAUUUUUUUUGUUCUGUUAUAAUCUGAAGCCGAGUGGAGAACCAAAGAAUCCUCCAAAAAACUUUUCGGAUGACUUUGCCGUUUCUUUCGUUUAG